UUGCCUCUGACUGAGCAAGAGGUUAAAGAUUAAAUUUCGGGAGAAUAUCCGACAUGGACAAGAGUCUUUCGUGGAGACCCAGCCCCGCACACCUCCAGCAUGAAGCUCUCUCGUCUUAUUCUGCUGCUUUUGUACCUCCACUGGAGCUCUUCUAAGGCUGAUGUACGGCAGAACAAAGCAUCCUUGAGAACUACAAGCCAACAGAAACCUCUGGUCAAAACGCGCGCGCAAGCGUCAGCUCUGCUUCAGGAGGAUCUGCUAGAUCAGAAAUGCUUGCUGCAAAAAUACACACAUCGCUCCUGUUACAAAGUCUUCUGCCAGCCGUGGCAGAAAUGUGUCGACGGAACCUGUGUCUGCAAACUCCCUUACCAGUGCCCAAGGAAGGACUUCCCAGUGUGCGCCACGAACGGAAGGGUCUACCCGACGUACUGUCACCAGAAGAGUGCCGAGUGUCUUAACCCGCAGACAAAGUUUUCAAAUAAUGGAACCUGCGCGGAUGAAGGAAAUUUUAAUGUUUCUUUAUGUUGUGGGAGCACAAAUGCAGAGGGAAUUGUUCAAGUCAAACUUGUGGACCGAGAUGAGAAAAUGUUCUUAUGUAGAAAGAGCUGGAGCAUGACCGAAGCCAACGUGGCCUGCUUUGACCUUGGAUUUCAACAGGGUGCUGUUCACAUACGAAGGAGGUUAACUCUACCGAGAAACCUCCAAAUGAACGCCACAGAAUGCCUGCAUGUACGUUGCCGGGGUGAUGAGACCAGCUUGGCAGAGUGUACCUUUACCAAGAAGAGAACUAACGUUUCUGAGAAUUUAGCGGAUGUCAUGUGUUACACAAACGAUACAGAUUCUGCAAUAAAUCGGUCCUUCAAGUGCGUGAACGGGAAGCACAUUCCUCAGGAGAAAGCCUGCAAUGGCAUCAAUGAUUGUGGAGAUCAAAGUGAUGAGCUAUGUUGCAAAGGUUGCCGAGGUAAAGCUUUCUUAUGUAAGUCCGGAGUGUGCAUUCCAAACCAGUAUAAGUGUAAUGGUGAGGUGGACUGCAUUACAGGAGAAGAUGAGAGUGGUUGUGAAGAAGCCAGGUGGCCUAAGGUUCAUAAAGGCCCUGCACGGUCAGAUCGAGGAAAUGAAACUGAAGAAAUAGAAAUUUUGACUCCUGAUAUGAGCAUAGAAAGAAAACGGAUGAAGUCCCUAUUACCUAAACUAUCCUGUGGCGUCAAAAGAAACACACACACUCGAAGGAAAAGAGUGAUUGGAGGGAAGCCAGCAAAGGUGGGCGACCACCCGUGGCAGGUGGCAAUUAGGGAUGGCGAAAAAAUCACCUGCGGGGGAAUUUAUAUUGGUGGCUGCUGGGUUCUGACUGCUGCACACUGUGUCAGACCCAGUAGAUACCGCAACUACCAAGUGUGGACUGCAUUGUUAGACUGGCUGAAACCUAACUUGGAGUUGGCAGUUCAGAGAGUGAGCAGAGUUAUUGUUCAUGAGAACUACAGUGGAACCACCUACCAAAAUGACAUAGCUCUGAUUGAAAUGAAAAAGCAAGCGGGCAAGAAAGAAUGUGAGCUCCCUAAUUCUGUCCCUGCGUGUGUCCCAUGGUCUCCAUAUCUAUUCCAGCCAAACGACAUGUGCGUCAUCUCUGGAUGGGGUCGAGAGAAAGAUAACCAAAGGGUCUACUCACUUAGAUGGGGUGAAGUUAAGCUAAUGGACAACUGCUCUCAGUUUUACCAGGACCGCUACUAUGAGAAAGAAAUGCUAUGUGCAGGUAAGUGCCCCGUGGUGAACCUGGGAUAUGCACUGUAUGAGUCUGCUUCGGAUACUUCCAUGUUAUAUCUGCAUCCCCUUACACAGCAGUGCAGAAGACAAAAGACGAGCAGGAAGACUGUGCUAGCCACAAACAGAAGGUUAAAAAUGAUUUCCCAUGCUGCAUUGCAAUCCCCAUAGGGACCCAUGGGCUUCCCUAUCAGGAAAGCUCAAAAAAGUGCGAGUCUUUCCAGAAGGCAGGACAGCGGGACAGUGGCCCUGACAGAUGGAAGGAAAUGUGAUUUCUCUCUCUCAGGUACCAACGAUGGGUCCAUAGAUGCCUGCAAAGGAGACUCUGGAGGGCCCCUGGUCUGCGAGGAUGUAAACAACGUGACUUAUGUUUGGGGUGUUGUGAGCUGGGGUGAAAACUGUGGACAACCAGAGUUCCCGGGUGUUUACACCAGAGUGGCCACUUAUUUUGACUGGAUUAGCUAUCACGUGGGAAGGUCCCUUAUUUCUCAACACAACGUCUGAAGCUACAACCUCCUUCCUUCUACACUUAUUCUUACAGGAGUCAGUUGAAAUGGAGCUGUGUAAUUUGUUCCUCUCAGAUAUGGCAAGAGGCAAGUCUUACUGGUUAGUUCUGUUUCUUCAGAGUUUAUGCCAUUUUAGAAUUCUGCCAUAUAAUUUCCAAAUAAAUGUUCUGGUCAAGCAUACAA